GGCCCUCGAGAGAACCAGACUCCAGUCCAGAGCUCUUCAUUGGCCAGCGUGCUGUACAAAUCAGACUCCAGCAACUUCAACCUUAGAGCAGCGAAUCAUAACCGUAUGUGCUUUAAUCUCUCGAACCAUUUUAUCCAUCCAGGCUUCAUCAGAACUCAUUUGCUUCACGGUUUGAUGAAAAGGAUUUUAUCUUGAUGUCUUCAAUAUUUUGAAACCAUUCAGACGUACUAUAUUCGCUAUUGGACAUAAAACUUUAACGGACUCCGAUUUGAAUCCAGUUAUUCAGGUUUUUGGUUUCACCUCCACCGCUGAAGACGUUAACAAGCUAGAAGCAGAGAUAAAGAUAAGGAAAAGAAAAAGAGACUGAAGGGGCCGGUGUUCAGCCUUCAAGUUUUCUCCAACUUUAACCCCCCACAACCAUCUUUAGCAUGAUGUCGUAUCUCAAGCAACCACCUUACACGGUCAACGGGUUAAGUUUAACUACCUCCGGCAUGGACCUUCUGCACCCUUCCGUGGGAUACCCAGCGACUCCUCGAAAGCAGAGGCGGGAAAGGACAACAUUUACUAGAGCGCAGUUAGACGUGCUGGAGGCUUUAUUCGCGAAAACGCGCUACCCGGAUAUUUUCAUGCGAGAGGAGGUGGCCUUGAAAAUCAACUUACCGGAGUCCCGUGUACAGGUUUGGUUCAAAAACCGACGGGCAAAGUGUCGCCAGCAGCAGCAACAACAACAAAACGGAGGCCAGAAUAAGGUGCGACCUGCCAAAAAGAAGAGCUCUCCAGCGCGGGAGGCCAGUUCUGAGAGCGGGGCGAGUGGCCAGUUCACCCCGCCCUCCAGCACUUCAGUCCCGGCCAUCUCCACCACAACCGCGCCGGUGUCCAUUUGGAGCCCGGCCUCCAUCUCCCCGCUGUCAGACCCACUCUCUACCUCCUCCUCCUCCUGCAUGCAGCGGUCCUACCCCAUGACCUAUACUCAAGCGUCUGGAUACAGCCAGGGCUACGCUGGUUCCACAUCCUACUUUGGGGGCAUGGACUGCGGCUCUUACUUGACGCCCAUGCACCAUCAGCUGACCGGGCCAGGAUCCACUUUGAGCCCCAUGAGCAGCAACGCUGUCACCAGUCACCUGAACCAGUCUCCCGCGUCCCUCCCCACGCAAGGUUACGGUGCCUCGGGGCUCGGCUUCAACUCCGCCGCGGAUUGCUUGGAUUAUAAGGACCAAGCCUCCUCGUGGAAACUGAACUUCAAUGCUGACUGCUUGGAUUACAAAGAUCAGACUUCCUCCUGGAAAUUCCAGGUGUUGUGAAACUAACAAAAGUCUGCCAUUCUGUCCAAUCAACACACUAAAAGACCAUAAAAUAAACCUUGUAGACCUGUCAUCCUUCCAAAAACAGAAGUGUUCCGUGGCACGCGAACUAUCCGAGAUGGAUGGGUUGUAAUGUGCCCGACAGCGCUUUUGAAGUUCGUCUUUGACAUGAAAUAUCUAUUUGCGCUACAUGCACCCCUUGUGGCCUGCAAAGUAGUAUUUUAAGGGUCGUGAAUGCGUAUAAACAUAGGCCAUCUGACCACAACCUGUUGUUUAAGGUACAGGGAAUCAAAGUGAAUUUGUGAUAGGUUAGGUCAAAGCCACAAAUCCUUACUCAAGAAAAGAGGAGGGAAAAAACUACAUGGCAAAAGGAGCCAAUCUUUUGGUUAAGUGCUUGGAAUGGGCAGGCUUUCUCUAAGCCUCUUACAGCACGCCGACUUAUUUCAGUGUUGGCAAGACGAGAGACACUUCCAUCAGGAGGAUGAUAGAGAGGAUGUGUGCGAGAGUGUGUGUGUGUGUGUGUUUGUCUGUGCUGAACGCCCUCGUGGCGAACUGGAUGCACUACUUUAUUUAAGAAAAUGUGUUUAUAAGGAAUCAAUAUGUAGUUUUUAAAAGACAAUCAAUGUGUGUCUUAUAUAAAUGGUACAUUUGUGUUUUUUUUAUUUUUUAUCUGUGCUAGCCUUCGAAACUGUGAUCUGUUGUAAUUGUAUGCAAUUUGUGAGCUCCGUCGCAUCUGCGAAGACUCGGCUGUGAUUUUAAUAGAUUUUAAACUUUUUUUUCUUUAAGGAAACAAUACUAGUCACAUGAUUACUAUUGGAUUAAUUUCAAGAGACAAACAAUCUCGAAAAUACAGGGACUCGAGAUAAUGUGUAAGAAAGGAACUGUCUGUCCCCGUUAAUUGAUAUCGAUUGGACAUAACUGAUAGAACCACUCACCUGGAUCUUAAACUUGUAUGGAGUGGUAAUGUGGUCUGGCCACAGAAAUAUGAAUAAACAAUUUCAAAUGUGACACCAUAUUUAAAGUUAUAAAGUCUGGACGAAUUAUUAAAAUUUAUUAAGAA